UCAAAACUACUUUCCUUUAGAUACAUAGACUUCUUUCUGUCUUUAUCUUGUUUUCUAUGGGCCAAGAAACUUUCCACGCUGAGUUAUUUUUUCAAAGAAAAAUAGAAUUAAAUAUUCGAACAAAUAAAAUACAACAUUUGAACUUCAGUAUAAAAUAAAAGACGAGUUGAAAUCAGGAUUUAUGAAACAUGGCGGACGCUGUGGAGGAGGAGCUUAUUUUAAACGUCACAUUCAUUUCAUCCAAUACACGCUCUGAUAGUCCACGUGCUGCACCGCUCUGGACCAAUCAGAGCUGCCGUUGCUCCGCCGCUCUCCAUAUAAGCUGAGUGUUGCCGCUCAGUUUCCACUUGUAUUUUACUGUUGGACCAGUGAAGACGGAGGAAGCAGAAUGGCCAGAACCAAGCAGACCGCUCGUAAAUCCACCGGAGGAAAAGCUCCCAGGAAGCAGCUGGCCACCAAGGCUGCCCGCAAGAGCGCGCCGGCCACCGGCGGCGUGAAGAAGCCUCACCGUUACCGUCCCGGUACCGUGGCUUUGAGAGAGAUCCGUCGCUACCAGAAAUCCACGGAGCUGCUGAUCCGCAAGCUGCCCUUCCAGCGCCUCGUCAGAGAGAUCGCUCAGGACUUCAAGACCGACCUGCGCUUCCAGAGCUCCGCUGUCAUGGCUCUGCAGGAGGCCAGCGAGGCUUACCUGGUCGGUCUCUUCGAGGACACCAACCUGUGUGCCAUCCACGCCAAGAGGGUCACCAUCAUGCCUAAAGACAUCCAGCUGGCCCGCCGCAUCCGCGGAGAGAGAGCUUAGACCCACAGCACUCACUUUACACCCGACACAACGGCUCUUUUAAGAGCCACACA